AUGGCUGAUAUUAUCAACGGACUUAAUGACAUUCUUACUGCCGGUCUUGGUGUUGCAAGCACUUUAGAAAAUGGUUUUCUUCAACUUACUCUGGGUAUUGUUGUUGAAUUUCUGUCAGCUACAGAUGCUGCUGAAAGUAAUUGGAGAUUAUUAACUGAAAUUGGUGAACUGCAAUAUUCUACAAUUACUGCAGGUUUCGCAUCUAAUAUUGAUGAUGUUGAUGCUCAAUUAAGUUCAAUUGGUGCUAAUGCUGAUGCCACAGCCACAGAUGAUGACGACAGUGCCGAUUCUACUGAAACCCCAUCUACUGAUGAAGAUGAUGAAGAAUCUGCAACUGGCGAAGAUGAAGAUGAAUCAGCUACUGCAACUGAAGAAGAUGACGAUGAAUCGGCUACUGCAACUGACGAAGAUGCCACUGCCACUGCCAGUGAGGAUGACGACGAAGAUGCUUCUGCCACUGGAGAUGAUGACGAAGAUGCUUCUGCUACAGGUGAUGACGACGAAGAUGCUUCAGCUUCUGCCACUGAUGAAGAUGAAGAUGCCUCGUCUACUGGUGAUGAUGAUGAUGACGCUUCAUCUACUGCUGUUGCUGCUGGUGCUGGUACUGGUUCAAAUAGUACUAAUGGAACUACUGGUGGUAGUGCUGCUGCUUCUGGUGGUAACUCUUCCAACAGUUCCUCAACAUCUGCUACUGGUGCGGCUGUUGGAGCCUAUCCACAAGGUAACUGGAAGAACUCCGUUGCCGUUGCUGGAUUGAUUGGAUUUUCUUUCAUCUUUUCAUUGAUUUAG